AGGUAAACUGGCUACAAGCUGCAUCUCUGACCUCGUUCUAGCAUACCCCUAGCAGCCCUUUCGGUCCGACCUUUGUUCCCAGAUCUUGCUAUCGGAUGUGAUCACAGCGUUACUCGGAAGCCAUCCGUCUCAAGCUCGAUGUCCCAAGCUGUGACCUCUAAGCCGCGCGGUUUACCACAUACGACGUUCCGGUACAUUUUACAAUUCAAGCUUUGUGAUCGGAGCGUCGUGAAACUAGUGGGAGGAGCUCAUCGGCCCUUCUCCGACGCCCGAGCGCGUCGAAGGAUCAACGGCCUGACGUCAAGUGUCGCCGAUGGGGUAGAUGAUGAGGGGCUCACCGUUAAGAAUGAUGGAGAUAUGAUUAGUUCAAUGGUGAGCUGUCAUGGAACCGGUAAUUUUCCGGUUGGCUCUAAAGUGCAUGACCGUAUUCCUAUAUCACCCUUGGUGGGAUACGUCAACCUUAUCCUACCGACAUCUGCUCAGGCAGCUCUUAGUACGAUAGUUCAUCGCCGUAACUCCCUAUCGGCUAUUAAGUGUGUACGUCACAAUCACAUCGUGAUUGUGAUAACGAUGCACUGUACGCUAUCGAUCGAUAUAUUAGUUCACGAACCGGUCUCGCAUGGGGUUGUCCAACUAGAUCGGCUGUAGGAUGAUGCAUGCGUACGUACACCUUGCGUAUCAGCUAACGUUUGACACACGGAGAGCCCCAAACGCCCAGUAGCUGAUUCCCCAUCUCCAUUCGUCCGCACAUGUAAAAGUCAAGCACCAAUCUGGCAGAACCACGACUCACCUACUUUCCAACAUCCCCGCCUUCCAACAAAAAAAAGCAAAAAAGCAAAACAGA